AUGUCGGAUACCUACGCCGCCGAAACCAAGAGCAUCAGCAAGGCCGAGGACGGAGGCUAUGAAGCAGAGAACAGGGACUCGACGGACGCCUUCACCGCUCUCGUCCACAGGGAGGAGGACCACGAUAUCAAGUACAGAACACUAAGCUGGCAGAAGGCUGCGAUCCUUCUCUUUGGCGAAUAUGUCUGUCUUGCCAUCCUUGCGCUGGCGUGGAGUUGGAGUGUGCUCGGCUGGGUCUGUGGCUUCUUCAUCACUUUUGGUCUCGGUAUCAUCACAUGGUACACAAGUUAUGUCUUGUGGCAAUUCUGCAUGAGACAUCCCGAAGCUCGCGAUAUCUGUGACAUUGCUGCGAUUCUUUUCCCCGCCAUCCCCAAAAUCGCUUUCGAGGUUGCCGCCGUCAUGCUUUUGCUCAACAACAUCUUUCUUGUCGGAUUCCACGCCUUCACUGGUGCCAAGAUCCUCAACACUCUGAGUAACGAUGGUGCUUGUACCGUCGUCUUCCAGGCCGUGACUUCCAUCAUCGGUAUCAUCGUCUCCCUCCCCCGAACCCUCAACCAUGUGUCCACCCUAUCCAUCAUCUCUGCUGCCGCUAUGGCCAUCGCCAUCCUCCUCUCUCUUAUCUAUGCUGGUGUCGAGGAUGCGCCUUACUAUGGCUACGGUGGCAACUACCCCGAGUUGGGCGAAGUCACGACCUCUAUCGGUCUUCCCGAUGGUGGACCCGGUUUCGUCGCCGGUUUGAACGCUGUGCUCAACAUCACUUUCCUCUGGAUUGGGCAGCUCCUCUACCCCUCCUUCAUCGCCGAGAUGAAGCGUCCCCAAGACUUCCCCAAGGCCCUCGCCGCAUUGACCAUCAUGGAGCUCAUCCUCUUCACCAUCACCGCCGCCGUCGGCUACCACUUCCUCGGCCAAUACGCCACCGCCCCCGUCAUCGGCUCCCUCGCCAACUCCGACCACAGAAAGUCUGCAUUCGCCUUUGUCCUCGUGCCCACCGUCAUCAUCGGCGGUAUCUACGCGCACGUCGCUGCCAAAUUCGUGUUCAACCGUAUCCUCGGCAAGUCCCGACACUCUUACUCGCACUCUUUCGUCGGUUGGGGUACCUGGGUCGCCAUCAUCGUGCUCAUCUGGGGUAUCGGCUUCAUCCUCGGGAACGUCAUCCCCAGUAUGGGCGAUUUCCUCAGUAUCAUGUCUGCGGCCUUUGACUCGUUCUUCGGGUUCAUCUUUUGGGCUGUGGCGUAUUGGCACAUGAACAAAACGAGGUUGUGGGCAAACUGGAAGAUGACGACGAUGACGAUAAUCAACAUCUUCAUCCUCAUUCUUGGUUUGUUCAUGCUUGGUCCUGGGUUGUACACCAGUGUCGAUGCUAUCAUUGCCGACUACGCUACAAGUGUCAGGGGACCGUUCACUUGUGCUUCCAACGCGUUGUAA